UAGGGAGAGAAAGCGAGGUCUUUCUUUGUGAUUUGAAUUUAGAAAGGGAGAGCGUUUCUAGUGAGAGAGUGGAAAGGAGCCAACAUAAAAAUACUUGUCUCUCAGAGAGACAAAGAAGAGCAGCUCUGAUCGAAGCAUUUAUAUCUAUUUGCUCUUAAAGAGACGAAAGCGAGGCUUCAACCUUAAUUCAUUUUUUUACACUUGCAAAUAUAUAUGUUCACAGAUUGAUAGAUAAAGAACUCAGCUACUGGUGGAACCUGGUUUGGCUUUAAACGGAAUAUGAACGGAAUGGGAAGGCAAGGACAGAGAUCUGGAGCAACGGCGGUGCAUCACCAGAGACAAUUCUCUGAUAAUUUUUUGGAUACUUCUUCCAAUGGUAGAUGGCUUCAAUCUGCUGGUCUUCAACACCUCCAAAAUUCUUCUGCUUCUUCUAUUCCUCAUCUUCAGGACUAUAAUUUCUAUGGUGGUGUUGGUGGAGGAGAAUUAGGGCAGGGGAUGAGAAUGUAUCGGAAUGCCCAGAGGAGUUCUAAUGUAACGAAUGAGUUUUAUGCAGAGCCUACAACUCCUCCUGCCAGUUCACGGCCAUCUAGCCAGAGGAAGAAUGGCGAAGAAUCUCCAAAUGUGUUCAGUCCUGGGCUCUUGGAUCUGCAAUCCUUUGAUACCGAAUUGCUUUCUGAGAUGACAGUUCCUGGCCUGUAUGAUAGUUCCUCCUUGUUUCAUCCUGUUAGAGGUAGAAGCUUUGAUGGCUCUGAACCUUUUAUUUCAACCAACAAGCAGACUGGUAGAGCUGUUUUACCAGAUAACAAUCUCCUGAAGAGCUUUCCUGCAGACAAAGAGAAAACCAGUUCUGUUGCAAAGAUUAAAGUUGUGGUGCGGAAGAGACCAUUGAAUAAAAAGGAGCUGGCAAAAAAUGAAGAAGAUAUAAUUGAAACAUAUUCCAAUGCUCUAACGGUCCAUGAGACCAAGCUCAAGGUUGAUCUAACAGAAUAUGUUGAGAAGCAUGAAUUUGUCUUUGAUGCGGUGCUGAAUGAGGAAGUCUCAAAUGAUGAGGUAUAUCGAGAGACAGUAGAGCCCAUAGUUCCAAUUAUUUUUGAACGGACAAAAGCAACUUGUUUUGCAUAUGGGCAAACAGGAAGUGGGAAAACCUAUACUAUGAAUCCAUUACCUCUCAAGGCUUCACGAGAUAUAUUGAGGUUGAUGCAUCACACUUACAGGAAUCAAGGAUUUCAGCUAUUUGUCAGUUUCUUCGAAAUAUACGGGGGAAAACUAUUUGAUCUUCUCAGUGAUCGGAAAAAACUUUGCAUGAGAGAGGAUGGCAAGCAGCAAGUUUGCAUUGUUGGUUUGCAAGAGUAUGAAGUAUCAGAUGUAGAGAGUAUUAAGGACCUCAUUGAGAAAGGAAAUGCCACUAGAAGUACUGGCACGACGGGUGCAAAUGAGGAAUCCUCUCGUUCACAUGCCAUACUUCAACUUGCUAUCAAGAGGUCAAUUGAUGGCACCGAGUCCAAGCCACCACGUCUAGUGGGCAAACUGUCCUUUAUAGAUCUUGCAGGAAGUGAACGUGGUGCAGAUACAACGGACAAUGAUAAACAAACAAGAAUGGAAGGUGCAGAGAUCAACAAGUCGUUACUUGCGUUGAAGGAAUGCAUUAGGGCUCUUGACAAUGACAAGAGUCAUAUUCCUUUCAGAGGCAGCAAAUUGACUGAGGUUCUCAGGGAUUCUUUUGUUGGCAAUUCCCGCACUGUCAUGAUAUCCUGCAUUUCACCAAGCUCAGGAUCAUGUGAACAUACUCUUAACACUUUAAGAUAUGCUGACAGGGUCAAGAGCCUUUCAAAAGGAAAUGCUCCAAAGAAGGACAUAUUAUCUUCAACCUUAAAUCUGAAGGAAUCAACUACUAUGCCCUUAUCCUCAGGUUUACCUGCUACAUCUAUCUUUGAGGAUGAGAUAACUGAUGCAUGGGCAGAAGAAGAUGAAAGAGAUGAUUUUGAUGCAUCUGAGGAUUCAUACGAACAAGAGAAACCAACACGGAAGGAGAAUGUGAAGGUUGAAUCAUAUAAUCUAUCUACUUCAGAGGAUAAAAUACGGAAACCCAAUGGUCAGACCAAAUGGAAGGAUCUGUCAAAAUCUGAUCUUAAGAACUCAUAUUCAGAUGAUUUAAAUGCUUUGCUACAGGAAGAGGAGGAUCUCGUAAAUGCUCACAGAGAAAAGGUGGAGGAAACCAUGAACAUUGUUAGAGAGGAGAUGAACCUCUUGGUUGAGGCUGACCAACCAGGGAAUCAGCUCGACAAUUAUAUUACUAGAUUGAAUGCUAUUCUUUCUCAGAAGGCUGCAGGAAUACUCCAAUUACAAAACCGUUUGGCACAUUUUCAGAAGCGUUUGAAGGAGCAUAAUGUUUUAGUAUCUUCUUCAGCGUACUAGUCUAUAGGAAAUGGACAUCUAAGAAAUGGUAAAAGGUUACCUCUUUGAUAGUCGGUUGCAAGAUUUUUGGCUUCGAUUUGGGUAAUAAUUUCGAAGAGUUUUAUUCUGUUGAUUUACUGGCCAUUACGCAUUUCUUGUAUUCUUUAUUUGGUUUGAGGGCUUGGAGAUUGAUGGAUAUCCUUCUUUGUUUUCACAUUAUAGUACCUGCCUAUUUGCUCAAGAAGUAGGCAAGCAUUGGAUUAAAGGCCAUCUGGCAUGCUUAUGUAAAGUUAUGAUGCACUAUGAUUUCAUUCAUUAAUGGAAUACUUGUUUACUA